AUGAUGGCAGAUCAUAAGUCUUUACAUGAAGUGGCGAAUUCAGGAGAUCAGGGAACAAGCGGAGGAGUAAGAAGAAGAAGAAGAGGAAGAGAAGUUAAAUUACAUGAAGGGAGGAAUAAUAACGAUUUGGAAACGUCGGUUUCGUCAAUGUUUAUUUCUGGGUUCGAUCCAGAGAAAGAGAACUCAGCAAUUUUGUCGGCUCUGACUCGGGCGGUUGCCGGCGCCGGUGAUCACCAAGCCAUGGAGGCUGCUGACGGCGACAGUGAUGAGUUAGAUGGUGAAAGUACAGCAUUUCCAGUUUUUAUUCAUGAUUCUAGUCCUCCCUCUUUAUGGGGCGGUGUUGGAGAGAAAAGAGGACGUGAUAAUAAUAAUAAUAUUGAUGAUGAAUAUUCGCCGGUCGAAGUUCUCAGGGCAUACAAUGAUUUAUCUUCUGUUGAUUCGGUCUUAGGAUCAUCAGGUGGAGAGAGUUCACUCAUAAGAACCAACAGUACAGCAACUGGAGGAGGGGCAAACAACAAUAUCACGGAUUCCUCCAACUCAGGAGGAGGGCCAAAGAGAAGAAACAGAGGAGUAAUUUCAGGCACAUUUGACACACUAGAGGCAGCAGCUGACGGAGCCUAUUACGAAGCAACACUAAAAUCCAGAGGCAAUAGUUUACCUGAAAAUGCCACUUUUUUGCCGUCUUUUCUUUCAAAUUCUUCAUCAUUGCCAUCCAAAUUCCUCAACAAUUCUCGUCCCUCUCAAAAUCCCAUUUCCUCUGUUGUUCCACUUAUCCACCCCCAGAACCUUGAAUACCCAACCAAUUCUUCCAACUAUACCGAUGUUUCUUCUUAUGAUCAUUUGACUUAUAUGAAUUCAGAUAAGUAUUUGGUUACACAACAUCCCACAAGUUUGUUGAAUCAGGAACUUAGCUCAAUGCCUUCUCAAAUGGACUCCUGUUUUCAGACUGACUUUUCCACCCCUGCUUUUCCUUGUCCUGAUUCCUCUGUUUUUCCUUCAUUUACAGAACCAACUUUGCCCUGUUUUGAUUCUAAUGAGUAUUUGGCUAGUCAGCAUCCCUACAAUUCUUUCAACAAUUCAACAUCUACUUUUCCUUAUCCUGAUUCCUGUGUUUUUCCCUCAUUUACAGAACCAAUUUCCAGCACUCAGAAUCCUGAAAUUUUCACCGACUCUGUGAACCAUCCUAAUGCGUCUUUAGAUCAUUUCCCUUAUUUUGAUUCUAAUGAAUGUUUGGCUAGACAGCAUCCCAACAAUUCUUUCAACAAUCCUUACCAAAAUGCUCCUGAUCAUUUGCCUUAUUUGAAUUCGAAUAGUAAUUUGCCCACACAGGAUCCGACCAAUUCAGUGAACUAUCUCAAUACUUCUCUUGAUCAAUUGCUUUACAUGAAUUCUGAUGAGACUUUGACAACACAGAAUCCCAUCAAUGCUUCUUCUAAUCGUUUGAUUUCUAUGAAUUCCAAUGAGAAUUUUGCUAGAUCAUAUCCCACAAGUUUGUUGGAUCAGGUACGUUUUCAGGCUAAUUCUUUUUCCUCCAGACUUCCUUGUCCUGUUUCUCAACCAGCAUUACCUUCUCGUCAAAUGCCUUAUUAUGAUGAUGAUCCUGUGGUUUCCCAUACAUUUAUGCAUACUGCUGAUGCUGGGUUUCCCUCCAAUUUUUGGUCGGAUUUGGGGAUAUAAUCCGUCUUUCUCUGGAUGAUUUCUAGUGCAACACACUUCUAUUUCAAGUUUCUUCUUUUUUUUUUUUU